AUGGCCCCCUCCAGUGCCAGGGUAUAUGCAGUGACACAGCAGGAGGCAGAGAGGUCUCCAAACCAUAUCAGAGGUACUAUUUUUAUUAGAGGAUAUGCGUUUGAUGCCAUGUUUGAUUCCGGAGCUACCCACUCCUUCAUAUCGAAAUUUGUUGCUAAUGGGGUACAUCUACCCAUUUAUGAGUUCACGCCUCCCAUGGUAGUGAAGACUGCCACCAGAGACAUUGUUUCUAGUUUUUUGAAGUGCAAAGAAGUUAGAUUCAUAUAUGAGCAAGAAGAGUAUAUGGUGGAUUUGAUAGUGCUUGAUGGCAUGAAUCUACACAUUAUCUUGGGUAUGGAUUGGUUAGUCCGAUAUGGUGUGAUGCUAGAUUGUUGUAGCAGAAGGGUUUUCAUUGCUGAAAAAGGAGAAAAGCUGGACAGUUUGUACUUGACGGCACAAAAAUUAAAUAAGGCUCUAAAUGAGAAAAUUUCUCAG